AUGUCCAGUACACCAGUUGCAUCUAACCUCGUGCUCCUGCGCGACCUCCCCACAUGCCCCCACGGAACAAAAGUCCGCUUCCUGGGCUGGUACAUUGCAUCUACGCCGUGGCGUUUGCGCUUUACUGAUCAAAAGGCCAGUGUAGAUGAGUACAUAGUGGAGACGGCGACUCUGCGUCUCAAGCAUGACUAUCCCGUUUCCAGUCCGCCACUUGUCGCAAAUCUCAACAUUGAACAUGUGCUAGACAGAGUCAAGCGGCACGAGGUGGAUGUAGGAACAUGGCUCAAUGUGAUCGGCUACGUCCAACGCAGAAUCACCGACAAGGAGGGCGUAUUUGUGCAGGCGCUUUGCAUCUGGGACGCUGGUAAUCUUGAUUUGGCAGCAUAUAGCAAGGCCGUGGAGAAGCGAAAUGAGGGUGCACGUGCUGGAAACUUGUCCUUGUAG